UCAAAUUAGUUUUUCCGACUAUAAAAGGACACCCCUUUUGUGUUUCUCAUCACCAAUCAUAGUGAUAUACUUCACAAAUUAUAUAUCGUGUUUUCAAGAUAAUAAGUUCAAAAAAUGGGCUUCAUGACUAGAGCAUUUAUCUUGAUCGCUAUGGUUGCAUGUCUUACAUCAGUAGCUCAUGCCAUUGCUGGCCAAGCAACCUUCUACACUCCUCCCUACGUUCCAUCGUCAUGUUAUGGCUACGAAAACCGCGGUGUUAUGAUUCUAGCGGCAAAUCGUGGUUUGUUUAACAACCGAGCUGCGUGUGGGACUAGGUACCGUGUCAGGUGCACCAGCGGAACCAACCUUGGUGUUCCGCAACCUUGCACAGGUAGGAGCGUUGAUGUUACAGUUGUUGAUCUUUGUCCCGGAUGUAAUCCAAAUCAAGUUGAUCUUUCCCGUGAGGCGUUUCAAGUGAUUGCUAAUCCUGAUGCCGGGAGAAUUAACAUAGAGUAUAACCGGAUCUAACUGACAUAUGCAUGCGAGAUGCCAAUAAUAAACUCUCUUUAAGAGUUUAGUAGGAAAUAAAAGACUCAAGGGCAUUGUAGCCAUGUUUCUAUGUGUCUCUCUGAGCAAUUUAUCUACUUUGAAAUAUUGUGCCUCCACCUGUUUAAUUCCCUCAUAUAUGCUACUAUUUCGGAAAGCUUCUUCUU